CAAGCGUUCUGGUGUCUUGUGCAAAUAUGUGAGAAAUACCUUCCUGGCUACUACAGCGAGAAGCUGGAGGCCAUCCAGCUGGACGGCGAGAUUCUCUUCUCGCUGCUGCCGAGAGUCUCCCCACCGGCUUACAAGCACCUCAGCAAGCAGAAGAUCGACCCCAUCCUGUACAUGACGGAGUGGUUCAUGUGUGCCUUCUCAAGGACCCUGCCCUGGAGCUCCGUGCUGAGAGUCUGGGAUAUGUUCUUCUGCGAAGGCGUCAAGAUCAUCUUCCGAGUGGGCCUUGUCCUCCUGAAAUACACCUUGGGUUCCUCGGAGAAGUUGAGAUCCUGCCAAGGGCAGUACGAGACGAUGGAGCAGCUGAGGGCCCUGAACCCCAAAAUCAUGCAGGAGGCUUUCCUUGUGCAAGAGGUCAUAGAGUUGCCAGUGACGGAGCGCCACAUCGAGCGGGAACACCUGAUCCAGCUGAAGAAGUGGAAGGAGACCCACGGAGAGCUGCAAUGCAAGUGCCCUCCCCGCUUCCACGGCGCCAAGGCCAUCAGGGACUCUGAGCCGUACCCCCACGGAGCCCUGGAGCCCUCUCCUUCCAUCAUCCUGCCCCCCGGGGCCACCCUCUCCCCCAAGGGCCGCAAGAGCAAGCCGCGGAAGGGCGCCCCCAAAGGCCCGGUCACCGCCGGCCACCAAGCCAACGGCCCUCUCCCCGAAGAAAACGGAUCUUUGCUGGAGCCCGACUCUUCCCCUCUCCAUCGGUCCAAGGAGAGCCUUAGUUCCCAGGAGAGCGAGGACACCUAUCUGUAGGGGAAGAAUUUUGACUUGGCGGGCCUGUUUGUCCUUCCGCUCCCCCGCGCGGCCCACCGCGGGACCCAUUUCCGCUCGCAGAGACGGCAUAUCCAAGGCGCGAACGCUUCUCUCCUCCGGGCCGCUGCUCAAAAGUCAGCCCGCUAAAAGGAAAUCCUUUCCUGCUUUAGCCACGCCGUCUUGUUUCGUGUGACCAAAUCCCCCAUAUGCUGUAUGGACCAGAAAUGCUGAUUUCCUCCCCCGCCGCUACCCGCCCCCCCUGGUUCUGGACCAGAAGGAGCGCUGGCCGAACAUUCCGAUAUUUGCAUAUGAUUUUUUGCAAGCGGUUUCAGCUGCCCGUCCUCUCUCAUUCCAGCGCUGUGGUUUUUCUCUUUUUAAAAAGCACUCCGUUUUCCAGGACACUAAAAAAAUCCCUCCUUUAUUAUUAUUAUUUUUUCUCCCACCCGUCUUUAGCCAAAAUGGCGACAAACUUGGCUGGCCUCUCGUUUUGUUGGGGGCAACUUUCCCCAAGUUACAACUGAGUUGCUCGGAGUGGCAGAAACCUCUGGCUCCAUCCCUCCGUGAUGCUCCCUAAAACGACGUGGAAAAUAUUAACGUCUAGGGGUUGUUAUUUUUUUAGCCUCUUGUUAGCCAUCCGGCUUUCCUUUUUCCUUAUUUCCCCAGCACACACAAGAGUUUAAUUUUUGCAGGAAGCCAAAGUCAGGGUGACGGGAGCGUCCGUGGUUUAUUAAGGAGGUGCAGGAAGACCCUCCCUCCCCCAACUUCCCCCUCCCCUUUUGUGGCAUAAACUUGGUUAGUUAGGGGAGGCACCAAGGAACACUUACAAAAUAAAAAGAAAUUCUUGGCGUAAACAAAAAUGUAUAUUUGGGGGAGGAGUGCUACACCCUCUGUUUCCUUCUCCCGCACCAGAUGACGGCCGAUGGGUAGGAUUCAAUGUAUGUGGAUGAUGAUUAUUUUUUAAAUCAAUUGCUGGAGCUGUUUUGUACCAAGAGGCGAAAUAAAACCGGAAUUAUGUAAA